UUCACUCACGAGACUACUGUGCCAGUAAACAUCACAGAAGUAGAAUAAGCCGUCCUAAAAAACACACACUGAUCAUUUCUUGCAAACCGAAACAAAAAUACGCCGUUAACCCAAGGAUUUUUAGGGUCAUAAUUCAGCCAAGGGCAUCGGAAGUCACGCUUCGUUGAUGUCUCUCAGCUUGGUGUGGUGAUGGCAGCACCUUUGCCACAGAAGACGAGCAUGGCAGGAAUGGCCACACAACAGCAGCAGCAGCAACAGACGGCUUCUAUGGCAGCAGGUCAGCCAAUGGCACCCCAGGGUGCCCUCAGAGAAAUCUCCCCCGUGUUCCUCUGUCGAAUUGGGCAGGAAACCGUCCAGGAUAUCGUCACUCGUACCAUGGAGAUCUUCCAAAUCACACGAGCCACGCAACUUCCCAAUGGUGUGACUCAGAGUCAGGCAAUGUACCAAGACCGCUUUGGGAAGCUCCAAGAGCACUUGAGGCAGCUCGCCUUGCUCUUCCGUAAACUUCGUCUCCUGUACGAACGCUGCGUGGAGAUGACAGCUGACCUGCAAGAGGGGCCUGCGGAGCUUGUGCCCUAUGUUGGAGAAGAGCUGGUGAAUGUCAGAGUGGAGACUUGUAGUCCUUCAGUCCACCAGGAGCGAAAAGAGGUCCUUGAGAAGGUCCGUCAGAAGAACCAGGAGAUGAAGGUUCUGAUGGAUCAGAUGAGGAACUUACUGUGGGACGUCAACGCCAUGUUGACCCUGAGGAAAUGAUCAAGCCUGACGGAGAAGCCACACCACAUGGCCACGUUUGACAUCCACGCUUUUGAACCCUGGCAAGAAUUUAUGAAUGCCAAACUACUAAUAUGCAAGGGUUCACCAUAUUAUACAAUAUUUCUUUUUGUUUGGUCACAGUUGAAUAACGAACCUUCAAGGCAGCUAAAUAUUUUCCGAGCACAUUUACGGCAAGAGCUUCUGCUGUCGGAACACCCGACGCAUCAAAUCACAACAGGUAGAUCUUCCAAAAAGCACAAUGUGGAAAUAAUGUGCUAAUUGUGCUCCUUUGGAGAAGUUAGAGGUGGCCAACCGGCCCCUUGGCAGCUAUGUACAGUACAGCUCAGGUGUUUUGUAUAUGCAUGCGCGUGUGUGCUUAUCGAGUCUUCCUCACAGAGUUGUUCUGGCUUGUGAAUGUAAUUUUGUCCUAUUUGUCAAAUUGUUUUUCUAAUAAAAAAAAAAGAAAUCCUGCCA